AUGGAAUCUGAAGAUGAAAGGAAACUGACACGACUUGUUCGAGAACUUGUCGGUGGAAAACCUGUAUCAGAAGUCAAUCCUAAGAUAAUUCCGCAAGUCAUUGAUGCAAUGGAACAGCACAAACAAACAGCAAUCGCAAAUGGCCAAGUUGAAAGAGUCAGAAAGCUACAAUCUAUCAUGGCAGAGUUGUCAAAACUAGACAGAAAACGAAAAUCAAUCGGAAAACAUAAAGCGAAAAGUGAAAAAUCAACAUCUCGUUCAAUCGAUACAACAACUGAAGAUUCUCAUAAAGAAAUCACACCAGCUGUCGUAGAAUCAGUUCUUGCAGAUAUUAUGGAUGGAUUUCCUCUUGAUGUCGCUGAAAAUUAUUUACUUCCUUCAUUAAUUCAAGCAGCUCGAGAUCAUGUCAAUCAAGAGUUAUCUACAGGCAAUUACAAAGAAGCUCAACGCUACGAGGAUGUUGGAAAUACGCUAGUUGCCCUAUCUAACGAAAGGAUGGUAGAAAUGAAAAAGAAUGAAAAGAGAGAAGCACUUGUAUAUCAAUUUACACAAGCAGAAGAAGCUCUUAGAAAAGAAAAUGAAUCAUUACGUCAAGCACUUGAAGAUCAUGAUGAAAGAUCUAAAGCUGCUGAAGAUGCUUUAAAUGCGGAAGAGGAAGUAACAUUAAAUGAUCAUGAUGCAGUAACAAAUGGCGAUUUACCAGUUGAAAAGCUUAAAUUUUCAUCGGCAUUAUUAAAUCUUAGAGAAACAGAGAAGUUUUUAGUAUUAAGCCGUCGAUUCGAAGAAGCUGCUGGUAUCAAAGCAGAAGCAGAUCAAAAGGAAAUAGAAGAAGUCAAAGCAAUUCACGAAAAAUAUCUGAAACAAAGGAAAAUACAAAGAAAUAAAUUGGUUGAAUCUUUCGACCAACGCAGGAAGUGUCUCAUUGAAAAGAAUGCAAGAUUAAGACAGAGGAUAGAGCAAGAUCAUCAAGCGGAGAGAUCAGCUCUUGAAAGAGCUGUUGAAAACUGGCGUCAAAGAAUCAUUGAGUUUGAUAAGAACUUGGAAGCUCAAAACAUUCCAAUUGUUGAAACAAAGAAGACACCACGUGCUUUUGUUACUCAAAGAACUCCUCCUCUAUCAGCACAUAGAACUCCUAGACCAGCAACUCAAACUAGGGCCAUCAGACCUGGAACAUCUAGAUUAGCAAAACUUGCUGUAUCAAGAAAAUAA